UGGUAAGGUGAUGCAGUGGCCCGGAUUCAGUCCGAAGUUGGCAGCGGUAUCAUCAGUGUGGUGCACGGUGAACACCUGUGAGAACCGAAGUGUGGUGAUAUGGGGUCUGGUAAUGUGAUACAUCGGUCGUCUUCAAGAUCUAAGCUACCACCUUCAAAAUUAAUGGAUUUCGUUGUUGUAAUGAUUUGUGUGGCGUGUUCGACGACGGUCAUGUGUUCCGGUAUAAAAAUCCCCCAAAGCCCAGAAGUGGUACAGGAACCACCUGAAGGUUACUACGCUUUUGUUGAAUCUCCGAAUGCAGAACCACCUAGAGUCAGGCGUCCACCUUAUCAACAGUCAGACAAGGAGUGUCCAGGGACGCACAGCUACAGCCAACCUGAUUCCCUCUUCAACCUGUGUGGAGACCUGAACAAAGGUGUCAUCCCACCGAACCCCAUGGGACAGAAAGUGCUGGGGGCAGCCUAUCCAUUCGAGUUAGUACGCAACAAGACUCUCGAGUUCUUCAGUAAGACACUCCCCAUCCUGAAAGCUGACGAGACUCUGCCCAGAGUCGCCAAGUAUCACCAGGACCCAGCCCAAUGGAGUACCGGUUCCCUCGCACAUAACUCGAUAGCACCAGAUCACAGACACCGCACUAGAAGAGACACAAAGGCGCCCGAAGCUAACGGAACCGAAGAAAGCCGAAGACAGACGGAAGACAAGACGAUUGUCAGCGCCAUCAAACGGGAAGCCAGGAAAUUCUGUGAUAACGGAGGAGGAGUGCUGUGCAUGCUGUACAGAGCAUUCAACGGAGAACCUCUGGCCUCCGGAAUGGUUGAGCGUAGAGAUGAUUUUGGCGGAGAAACCCCGGAGUAUCGCAGGGGAGAGGGUGCCUCCGUGGCUACAGUAGGUGCACACCACGAACCUUCUCUGCCUCCGACACCCUGUCCUGCCAAAGUGGACUAUGCAACUCCUGUUUUUGCCAAGAACUACCAGGGUGUAUGGCGCUACGUAGUGCAGAUCCCAUACGAAGGAUAUUUCACUCAGACUGUAGAAGUCACCAGAUGUCUACAAUCUCGCUGUCACUACCUGGAUGGUGGUUGCCUUUCAUCACCAAGAUGGACAAGCCUGCUUGUUGCGGAAAUUUAUUACCCAGAUACUUUCCUGCCAGCUGCACCAGGAGGAAGGUGGCCGUCACAUAGAAAUCCUGUCGCUGGAGAAAAUCCACCUCCAGUACACGAUUUCCAGAAUUAUCAACAGUACUUGCGAAAAAGAGCAGGUGUCCAAGCACCAGUAUCGACAGAGAGUCCGAGUGUAACGACUCAGACACCAACCAAAAACAAUUCCCAGUGCGACGGCAUCGAUGACUUAGGUUGCUUUCAGGUGCGUCUGUACUACGAUUGGUUCCUCAUCCCUGGGAGUUGCAAGUGCUGGAGGCCAGAUUAUUUUUCUCGCUACAUUAGGCGGAAGGUCGUCACUUCUGACCUCUAACCUCUGAUCAUUCACUUAUAACUGUACGAUAAUUUACUAUAAUUUAUUAUUAGUCAACACAAAAUAAUGAAGGACGCACAAGAUGAUUCAACAUUCUAGUUGACAAUACAAGUUUUAUAAAUUC